AUGCAUGUUCUGGAUCCAAGAGGCUAUGAGAAGACAGAUGAUGUUUCAGAGAAAACUUCCCUAGCUGAUCAAGAGGAACUGAGAACUAUAUUCAUCAAUCAGCCCCAGCUAACCAAAUUCUGCAAUAAUCAUGUCAGCACUGCGAAGUACAACAUAAUCACAUUCCUGCCAAGGUUCCUUUAUUCCCAGUUCAGAAGAGCUGCUAAUGCAUUUUUUCUCUUUAUCGCAUUACUCCAGCAAAUACCAGAUGUAUCACCAACAGGCCGUUACACAACAUUGGUCCCUCUAUUAUUUAUUUUAGCUGUAGCUGCAGUGAAAGAGAUCAUAGAGGAUAUUAAAAGGCAUAAAGCUGAUAAUGCUGUGAACAAGAAACAAACUCAAGUACUACGAAAUGGUGCAUGGGAGAUCGUCCACUGGGAAAAGGUGGCAGUAGGGGAAGUAGUCAAAGUGACCAAUGGGGAACAUCUCCCAGCAGAUCUCAUCAGUCUGUCGUCAAGUGAACCACAAGCUAUGUGCUACAUCGAAACAUCUAACUUAGAUGGUGAGACAAACUUAAAAAUUCGACAGGGUUUGCCACUAACAUCAGACAUAAAGGACAUAGAAAGCUUGAUGACGCUUUCAGGCAGAAUUGAAUGUGAGAGCCCAAACAGACAUCUCUAUGACUUUGUUGGAAACAUCAGACUGGAUGGGCAUGGUACUGUUCCACUGGGAUCCGAUCAGAUUCUUCUACGAGGAGCUCAGUUGAGAAAUACUCAGUGGGUUCAUGGGAUAGUUGUCUAUACGGGACAUGACACAAAACUUAUGCAGAAUUCAACAAGUCCACCUCUUAAAAUGUCUAAUGUGGAACGAAUUACGAAUAUUCAGAUUUUAAUUCUGUUCUGCAUCCUUAUUGCCAUGUCUUUGGUCUGCUCUAUUGGUUCUGCUAUAUGGAAUCGAAGGCAUACUGGAAGAGACUGGUAUCUAGAUCUAAAUUAUGGUGGAGCAAGCAACUUUGGAUUGAAUUUCUUGACCUUUAUCAUUCUCUUCAAUAAUCUCAUCCCAAUCAGUUUGUUGGUUACACUUGAAGUUGUUAAAUUUAUCCAGGCAUAUUUCAUAAAUUGGGACAUUGACAUGCACUAUGAACCUACAGACACUGCUGCGAUGGCUCGUACUUCCAAUCUCAAUGAAGAGCUUGGACAGGUCAAAUACAUAUUUUCUGACAAAACGGGUACCCUGACAUGCAAUGUCAUGCAAUUUAAGAAGUGUACUGUAGCAGGAGUUGCUUAUGGCCAUUGCCCUGAGCCUGAGGAUUAUAGUGUUCCUUCAGAUGAUUGGCAGGGCUCACAAAAUGGAGAAGAAAAAACAUUUAGUGACUCAUCAUUACUGGAGAAUCUUCAAAGUAAUCAUCCAACAGCACCUAUAAUAUGUGAAUUUUUGACAAUGAUGGCAGUGUGUCACACAGCAGUUCCAGAAAGAGACGGCGAUAAAAUAAUAUAUCAAGCAGCAUCUCCAGAUGAAGGAGCAUUGGUCAGAGCAGCCAGGCACCUACGUUUUGUAUUCACUGGAAGGACACCUGACUCAGUAAUCAUAGAAUCUCUGGGACAGGAAGAGAGAUAUGAACUGCUAAAUGUCUUGGAAUUUACAAGCUCUAGGAAGAGAAUGUCAGUGAUAGUUCGCACACCAUCAGGAAAGUUAAGACUCUACUGCAAAGGAGCUGAUACUGUCAUUUAUGACCGUCUCGCUGAAACUUCAAAAUACAAAGAAAUCACCUUGAAACAUCUAGAGCAGUUUGCUACCGAAGGCUUAAGAACUCUGUGUUUUGCGGUAGCUGAGAUUUCAGAAAGCGAUUAUCAAGAAUGGUUGGAUGUCUAUCACCGUGCUUCUACAGCUAUACAGAACAGAGCACUCAAACUUGAGGAGAGCUAUGAACUGAUUGAAAAAAAUCUUCAGUUGCUUGGAGCAACAGCAAUUGAGGAUAAACUACAAGACAAAGUGCCUGAAACCAUAGAGACGCUCAUGAAAGCAGACAUAAAAAUUUGGAUACUUACUGGGGACAAACAAGAGACUGCGAUUAACAUCGGUCACUCCUGUAAACUUUUGAGAAAGAACAUGGGACUAAUUGUUAUAAAUGAAGGCUCUCUUGAU